UAGUCGUCACUCGAGAGUCGCGGUAUGAAAGUGUCAGUGCUAUACACGCGAUCGACGACUUCUCCUUCAGUGUCACAUCAUCACGGUACAAUCGCGUCCAGGUUGAGGACACGAUGGACAACCUCAAGAAAAACCCCGGAAAGAUGAGCAGUCCGUCGUUGAUAGUCGAUAGUUCGCUAGUUGAUCUGCAGAGUGGAGGGGAUCGCAAGAACUGGGCGAACCCCCUCGAGUUUGUGCUGUCGUGCGUCGGCUACGCCGUUGGAAUUGGCAAUAUCUGGCGCUUUCCAUACCUCGUCUACCGUAAUGGCGGAGGUGCUUUCCUCAUCCCCUUCAUCCUGAUGCUGCUGACGAUGGGCAUGCCGAUGUUCUUCCUCGAGCUGGUUAUCGGCCAGUACACGGGCACUGGCCCGACCAAAGCUUACGCACGAAUGGCACCGCUUUUCCACGGACUUGGUUACUGUACUAUCGUCGUUAUCUCUCUUGUCACCAUCUACUACAUGGUCAUCACCAGCUGGACCUUGUUCUAUACUUUCGCUUCGUUUGCUCACCGCCUCACUUGGGCCUACUGCGACAAUCAGUUCAAUUCAAUUAAUUGUUACAGUGGUAUCCAGGACACCGAGUGCCAACGUACUUCGACGGUUUUCUAUCACGGCAACUGCACGCCAGUCGCCGAGAUAUGCCAGGACUUUGGUCUAGCGAGCCAGUCGGGGGAUUUGAUGCAUUGCUUCAAUGUGUCAGCUGCCAGUGCCCAUGAGCCGAUCGAGCUGCGAACGCUCUACACCAGGGUACUCUCGUCCGAAGAGUACUUCAACGAUUACGUUUUAGGAGUGCGAGGCACCGAUUGGGAGCACUGGGGCGGCAUACGCUGGGAGUUGCUCGGUUGCCUCAGCCUCGCUUGGAUUAUCUGCUACUUCUGCCUCAUGAAGGGCAUCCAGUCCGUGGGGAAGAUUGUCUACUUUACCGCUCUCUUCCCCUACUUCGUGCUGAUAGCUCUGAUGUGGAGAGGUGCUACACUGGAGGGUUCGUUGAAAGGUAUCGUGUGGUACAUCACACCACGAUGGUCGCAGCUACUUAAGGCUGGUGUCUGGGCGGACGCCGCCUCGCAAGUCUUCUAUUCCCUGGGCAUUGGCUGCGGAUCCCUCGUCACGCUCGCCAGCUACAGCUCCUUUACCAACAACUGUCACAGGGAUGCAAUAUUCGUAACAAUAACCAACUUGCUGACGUCGGUAUUCGCGGGCUUCGUGACUUUUUCGAUAAUGGGCUUUCUUGCGAAUCAGAUGCACCUACCCAUUGACGAUGUAGUACGCAGUUCCACUGGUCUUGCCUUUAUUGUCUUUCCUGAGGCAGUCGUAAGGAUGCCUCUACCAAACCUCUGGGCAAUUCUAUUUUUCUUCAUGCUGUUUAUCCUCGGUCUCGGUAGUCAGUUUGCAGGCGUUCAAGCGAUAAGCGGAGCCAUCCUCGACAUGCGACCGAGUUUACAAAAGUACGAAGCUCGAGUUACCCUAGUGAUAUGCUUCCUAGGUUGGCUACUAGGCAUUCCGAUGAUUUUCAACGGUGGAGCUUACCUCUUCACCCUGAUGGACUGGAAUACGGCCGCUUGGGCUAUUCUACUUAUUGGUUUCGCCGAACUGAUUUUACCAGCUUGGCUUUACGGCUGCGAUCGUCUCUUCGUCGAUCUCAGUGAUAUGGGCAUGAAAUUUGGACGAACCCUUCAAGCUUACUGGCGAUUUAGUUGGAUGGUCGCCGGCCCUGUCACUGCAUUGGGCGUGUUCGCCUAUCAGAUGUACACGUACCAGGCGGCCAAGUACGGUGACUACGAGUUUCCAGCGUGGGCCGAUGCCAUCGGCAUACUCAUUGGCCUGUCGACGCUCCUACCGUUUCCUUUGUUUUUCUGCUAUCGACUCUACGUUGGCCCGAGAGAUUGGAGUCUACUGAGACCGACGUCAUUAUGGGGGCCGGUAAAGAAGAGUGACGAAAAGCUCGCUGUGGCCUGCAUCGCCGCUGCGGCAACUUGUAAUCCGGCAUUUAUUUCCGACUCGCAAGCUUGAUUCAGUACGCGAGCGCGCGAGAAAAGGAUGUAUGCAGAUUGGCGCAUUUGACUUGCAAUCGUUCGAAUUUGUUCGAGUGCGGACGAGUACACACUGCGACAGCAAUAUGCAUGAAGCUAUCUACCCGCGAACGAGGAUUUACGUCCCGAGUUUAGCCAGAAUACUAUGUUAAUCCAAUGUCCGACCAAUUUUUUAUGCGUGUUUUACAACUACUUUUUUAAUGCUAUAUUUUUGUAGGUAAUGUCUUUUGUUAAUUUAAAUAGAGCUAUCCUAUACUUUCUUUGACAACGGCAAUAACUUUGAGGCUUCUUCUUGCUCUGUUAAUAAACGAUUCAAUAUUCUAUUAAUAUUAGACGGGCAAGCUCUUUGUAUUUUUCUUUCAUCUUUAUUAAUCAUUUAUUAACAGUUCAUGUACAAUAUAAUCUAUCAAUUUACUAUUAAUCAUUCAGUUCGUAACAGUAAAUUUACAUAUAAAAUACUCUCCACUACAGACCUCACGUGUAACUAAUUGAAAGUUUUAUUUCAGUUAUCUCUGCAGUAUUCGAAACGAACGUAGUUCUUGAAUUAAUAAUAGUAAUAAUAGUAAUACAAUGGUUUGACUUAUUCACGAAGUUCUUCAGACUAAUUGUUCUUAAUGAUACGGAUAAUUUGAAAAUUGACGAUGUCUUCCAAUUAUUCUACAUACCGAAUUUUUAUUUUCUAUUUAAAAAUAAAAUGUUCCCAUCGUGACAAUACGUAUUUUAUGAAUUAAACGUAAAUUUAUCCAAACUCAUCUUAAUUAAAUAUUAAAAAGAAAUUCCGCAAUAAACUUCCCUUAAUAAAAUAUCAUUGUAAAAUAAAC